UCUGCCAAACACGUGGAAACGUGACAAACCGACACAGAGAUACUGAGAGAGAUAGAGAGAGGAUGGAAAAGGGUGGCUCCGAAGCGGUGGCUGUCGUCUCAUCACUCUUCAUCUACCCCAUCAAAUCAUGCCGGGGGAUUUCUGUUCCUCAAGCAUCCCUUAGUUCUACUGGAUUCCGAUGGGAUAGAGAAUGGGUAGUCAUAAAUUCCAAAGGGAGGGCAUGUACUCAAAGAGUUGAUCCAAAGCUCGCUCUAGUUGAGGUAGAGUUGCCAAAGGAGGCUUUUCUAGAGGGUUGGCAACCAACAAAAAGCUCCUAUUUAGUGCUAAGGGCCCCUGGGAUGGAUGUGCUAAAGGUUCCUUUAAGUAAAUCAGGCGCAGUUGUUGAUGGUGUCUCUGUGUGGGAGUGGUCUGGUUCAGUAUUUGAUGAGGGAGAUGAAGCAGCGAAUUGGUUCUCAAAUUUUUUAGGGAAACCUACUCGACUAGUCCGUUUUAAUGCAGCAUCGGAAACUAGGGCUGUUGAUCCUAACUAUGCUCAUGGAUUCAAAAUUACUUUUCCUGAUGGGUAUCCAUUCUUGCUGAUAUCCCAGGGUUCAUUGGAUGCACUGAAUGAGCUUCUCAAGGAGCCAUUGCCAAUCAACCGUUUUAGACCCAACAUCCUUGUUGAUGGUUGUCAGCCAUUUUCUGAGGACUUGUGGAAGGAUAUCAAGAUAAACAAGUUAACAUUUCACGGUGUCAAGCUAUGUGCUCGUUGCAAGAUACCCACAAUUAAUCAAGAAAAUGGGAUUACUGAGUCUGAGCCAACCAGAACUCUCAAGAACUUCCGGUCAGAUGCAGUCUUGCGACCAACUCAGAAACAACAGGGAAGGGUAUACUUUGGACAGAAUCUGGUUUGCCCUGAAUCCCUGACCCAAGCAAAGGGAAGGAUUGUUAAGGUUGGGGAUCCUGUCCGCGUCCUUGAGAUGGUCUCCUCUACUGCUGAUGCUGCCGCCUGAACCAACUCCUCAUCAUAUUAUGAAUGUAACUGGUAGUGCAGUGCAGUGUCGUGUAGUUUGUGGCUUCUUAAUUUUGUACUGCAGAGGUAAAACUUUUGAGUAUUGUUCAAGUUCAACUUGUGCGUAUACCAAGUUCUCUCUGGUUUCUACCCAGAUAAAUAAAGACAGCUUUUUGCUGGUUUAGCUCUAA